UCUAGGCUUUUUAGAGAGAGAGGCACAAAGUCAGAAGUAUGUGGCUUAUAUGCAUAUAGGCGCGGGAAGUAGGGGUGCUGGAGUUGUUGCAGUUCCCCUUUACGAAUCCCCAGCAUCCCGUGACGAGAUUCCAGCCGUCUGUUUCUCGGUCGCUGAGACGGGCGUCAUUUCGGCCGACGGACAUGCGUCCCCGUCCGCCGGUUCUCGUGGUUGAUGCGCGUCAUUAUUGCCUACGUGCAUGCGUAUCUUGUGCGAACCAUUAUCAAAACCCCGUGCUCAAAAGAUCUUCCCGCGGACAUGCUUAUAUAGGCGUCAUACCAAAAUACAACCCACACACAGAGCUUAAUGAAAAUUCACAAUUACACAUCAUCCUAAAUGGCCUAAGUGACUUUUGGCGUUAUGGCCUAUUCAGACACAACCCAAUCUACAGGUGCCGUUUUUUCCAAAAGUUUUCAUCUGGAUUACGCCUAUCUAAAAACACAUAGAAAUUGAAUGAAUAGAAAGGAUGAAUCAAGGGUUAGGGAUACCUUUAAUCCAAGAGGAUACAUUUACGAAGGACGGUCUCCUGGUCAUUUCGCCUUCUUACGUCAUUCAACAUUGAGAAGGUUUGACAUGUGCCGGGGCGGCAGUAAAUGAUGUCACACAGUGAAACAACAACAUUUUCAGUAAUAUAAGAGCGCUGCGGCCCCGUUGUUUCUAGACAACCAGAGCCAAAUAGAAGAAAUGUUGUGAUUGCUUAUAGCGGACCAACAGAGGUCAUUGCGUGGUAGCGGGAUUUAAGAGCUUUUCUGUCCCUCAUACCAGCUAUAGGAGCAAGACAACUUGGGCAAGAAGGAUAAGCUUACCAUGGCUAAAGCCAAGAUUGAGUUAAACGGAAAUAUUGGUGAGGAUAAAGGUGAAGGGAGAAGGGAAAGCAAGAAAAGGAAAAAGGACAAAAACCUGAAGGAGUCGGAGAUUGCGAUGGUUGGGGCUGUAUCCCUGUUCAGGUUUGCAGAUGGUUGGGACAAGUUGUUGAUCGUACUGGGGACCCUCAUGGCCAUGGUCCAUGGGACGGUUAUUCCUUCCAUGACGAUCGUCUUUGGUGACAUGACUGACAGCUUUGUAAACAACUUCAAACAGUCACACACGAACCUCACCAACAUCACUUACCCUGUUUCCAACAUCACUUUGGGGGAAGAAAUAACUGGCCAUGCUAUCUACUACUCUAUCAUGGGUGCCAUAGUGUUGAUAGCAGCCUACAUACAGGUGGCAUUCUGGACCCUGGCAGCAGGCAGGCAGGUCAAGCGCCUCAGGAAGCUCUUCUUCCACUGCAUCAUGCAGCAAGAGAUCGGCUGGUUUGACGUCAACGAGACAGGAGAACUAAACACUCGCCUCACAGAUGACAUUUAUAAGAUUAAUGAGGGGAUCGGUGAUAAGGUGGGAAUGUUGAUCCAGUCAUUCACCACCUUCAUCAUCUCCUUCAUCAUCGGCUUCAGCAAAGGAUGGAAGCUAACCCUGGUCAUUCUGUCUAUCAGCCCCGUGCUAGGCUUCUCUGCUUUUAUAUUUAGCAAGGUGUUGACGUCGUUCACGUCUCUGGAACAGGGAGCGUAUGCUAAAGCUGGAGCCGUGGCUGAGGAGGUGCUGUCUUCUGUCAGAACUGUCUUCGCAUUCGGUGGACAACAGAGGGAGAUCACUAGGUACAAGAAGAACCUGGAGGAUGCUAAGAACAUGGGUAUCCGUAAAGCCAUCUCUGCCAAUAUCGCUAUGGGCUUCACCUUCCUUAUUAUCUACCUGUCAUACGCUUUGGCCUUCUGGUACGGCAGCACCCUCAUCCAGUCUGGAGAAUACACCAUCGGAAUGGUCCUCACUGUGUUCUUUUCGGUCACGUGUGGGGUGUUUGCCAUGGGACAGACUUCUCCUAAUAUCCAGGCCUUCGCCAGCGCCCGGGGGGCAGCACACAAAGUCUACAACAUCAUUGACAGUAAACCCACCAUCAACAGCUACUCAGAUGAAGGCCACAAGCCUGAUAUCAUCAAAGGGAACAUCGAAUUUAACAACAUCCAUUUUACCUACCCUUCAAGACCGGAGGUCAAAGUGUUGAAUGGUAUGUCUCUAACCGUGCGUAGUGGACAGACCAUGGCUCUGGUAGGCAGUAGUGGCUGUGGGAAAAGUACCACUGUUCAACUACUGCAGCGGUUCUAUGACCCACUAGAGGGAUCAGUGUGUGUGGACGGCCAUGAUGUGCGCUCUCUGAACGUGCGUUUCCUGAGAGAAAUGAUUGGCGUGGUGAGUCAGGAGCCCAUCCUCUUUGCUACCACCAUCGCUGAGAACAUCCGUUAUGGCCGACCUGAUGUCACACAGCAGGAGAUAGAACAGGCUGCCAGGGAGGCCAACGCAUACGACUUCAUCAUGUCUCAGCCUGAUAAGUUUGAGACUCUGGUUGGAGACAGAGGAACCCAGAUGAGUGGAGGACAGAAACAGAGGAUCGCUAUCGCUCGCGCUCUCGUACGCAACCCCAAGAUCCUCUUGUUGGACGAGGCCACUUCAGCUCUUGAUGCUGAGAGUGAGACCAUCGUACAAGCUGCUUUGGACAAGGUCAGACUGGGUCGUACAACCAUCAUAGUGGCCCAUCGUCUGUCUACGAUCCGUAACGCUGAUGUCAUCGCUGGCUUCAAGAACGGAGAGAUCGUAGAGCUGGGAACACAUAAGGAACUGAUGGAAAAAGAAGGUGUCUACCACACACUGGUCACCAUGCAGACAUUCAAAAGUGAUGAGAAGAAUGAGGUGGUGGAGGAGCAGGUUCUGGAGGAGAAGAGUCCAUCAGUGACAUCUCUCUCCCAGCCGAGCCUCAUCAGGGGGAAAUCUACCAAGGGUUCAUCCUUCAUCGGCUCAGAGAAGGAAGACAAGGACUGGACUGAGGAAGAGACAGAGGAGGAAGAGGAGGUUCCUCCCGUGUCGUUCCUGAAAGUGAUGAAGCUGAACCUUCCUGAGUGGCCCUACAUAGUGCUUGGUGUGUUCUGUGCCACUAUCAACGGAGGCAUAGAACCUCUCUUUGCGGUCAUCUUUUCCAAAAUUAUUGCUGUGUUUGCAGAGACAGACCAGGAGGUGGUCAGAGAACGCUCCUCCUUCUUCGCUCUCAUGUUUGCUGCCAUUGGAGUUGUCUCCUUUGUUACCAUGUUCCUUCAGGGCUUCUGUUUUGGCAAGGCCGGUGAGAUUCUGACCAUGAAGAUAAGACUGAUGGCCUUUGAAGCCAUGAUGAGACAGGAUUUGGGCUGGUUUGAUCAUCACAAAAACAGUGUGGGAGCUCUCACCACUAGAUUGGCUACAGAUGCAGCACAAGUACAAGGGGCUACAGGAGUGCGUUUGGCCACUCUGGCUAAGAACGUGGCAAACCUGGGCACCGGUCUGAUCAUCUCCUUUGUCUACGGCUGGCAGCUGACUCUGCUCAUCCUGUGUGUUGUGCCCAUCAUGGCUGUAGCUGGAACCAUACAGAUGAAGCUACUCUCUGGUCAUGCCAUCAAAGACAAGAAAGAGCUAGAACAGGCUGGCAAGAUCGCCACCGAGGCAAUAGACAACAUCCGGACAGUGGUGUCUCUCACCAGAGAGAAGGAGUUUGAGUCUCUGUUCCAGGAGAACCUUGUAGUGCCUUACAGGAACUCCCAAAAGAAGGCCCAUGUGUACGGGAUCACAUUCUCCUUCUCUCAGGCCAUGAUCUACUUUGCAUAUGCAGGCUGCUUCCGCUUCGGAGUCUGGCUGAUAGAACAGAACAUCAUGACAUUUGAGCAUGUCUUCCUGGUGAUCUCUACAAUGCUUUAUGGGGCCAUGGCUGUAGGAGAGGCCAACUCCUUCACUCCUAACUACGCCAAGGCCAAGAUAUCAGCAUCUCACCUUAUGAUGCUCAUCAACAGAGAACCUGCCAUAGACAACUGCUCACAGGAGGGAGAAACACCGGACCACUUUGAUGGUAAUGUGUGUUUUGAGGGGGUGAGGUUCAACUACCCAUCUCGUCCAGACCUUGCUGUCCUGCAGGGGCUGGACCUGAAGGUGCAGAAGGGACAGACUCUAGCCCUGGUGGGCAGCAGUGGCUGUGGGAAGAGCACCACCAUACAACUACUGGAGAGGUUCUAUGACCCACUUCAGGGCACAGUGAGGCUGGACAACAGGGACGCUAAGAAGUUGAACAUCCACUGGCUGAGGCUCCAGAUGGGCAUUGUGUCCCAGGAGCCUGUGCUCUUUGACUGUAGUCUGGCAGAAAACAUUGCCUACGGUGACAACACACGAAAAGUCAGCAUGAAAGAGAUUCAAAGUGCUGCCGAAGCUGCCAACAUACACAGCUUCAUAGACCAACUGCCACAGAAGUAUGACACCCAGGCUGGUGACAAGGGAACCCAGUUAUCAGGAGGCCAGAAGCAGCGUAUAGCCAUCGCCAGAGCCAUCCUCCGGAACCCCAAAGUCCUGCUACUGGACGAGGCCACCUCUGCACUGGACACAGAGAGCGAGAGGGUGGUGCAGGAGGCCCUGGAUGUGGCACGGCAGGGCAGGACGUGUAUCGUGGUGGCCCAUCGAUUGUCCACCAUCCAGAACGCUGACCUGAUCGCUGUCUUCCAGAAGGGUGUGGUGGUGGAGCAGGGCACUCAUCAACAACUACUGGCCCAGAGAGGAGUCUACUACUCCCUGGUCACUACACAGUUGGGUCACGGUCAACAGUGAAAGGAGACCAAGGAGGACGGAGGGCGGAAGCAAGGGGUAGGUAGUCCAUCAGAGUGCAUUCCCUUCAACGUUUCUGCUCAAAACGUCUUGGUUGUGUGGACAGUGUGAAAAGAACCAGAGUGGCACCGGGAUGCGCUUCGGAGAACACGUAUCGACGGCGACUGUGCCGAUGGGAGUUGACGAAGGGCCUUGGAGAAAUGGAGAAAUGGAUAUCACAAACUGGGGGUGAAAACAACAACAGAGGUCAAGAACAUUGGCCAAGGUUAGGUCCAUGUUUACCAUCAUAAAAAUAGUUAAGGUUUAUAGCCUGGAUAUUGAGCCAGUCUGAUAUCUGGAGAGGUAGAGUCAGUGGCCUCCCUUCUGCCUCUGAGGGGAGCACCCAGAGGGGUGCUGUGAAGGGCAAAGUGUGCAGGGGGGAUUUUGUGUUAUUUAUUCAAAUGUUUUACCUCUGCACUAGAGUGCCUGUGUGCCAAAUGAAUACAUGGAACAAACACCCUGGCACACUCUACCCUGAAAACACUACACAUCUGUUUUACUGUGAACUCCUUUUUUUAUUUGUUCCGUUUAUGGGGGCAAA